CGAGAGCAGGAGGCGGGGAGGAAUGUCCCUCCGGGACGACGCGCGACGGGAGGGGCGCGAGCGAGCAACAAAGAGCGUGGCUGAGGGAGGGGCGGAGACUCGGUCCCGGGAGUGGUGGGCGGGGCCAGCCCGGAGAAUCCCGUGCCUGCUUUGCGCUGGGCGUCAGGAGCGGAGGGGGGCAGCCGGGCACCGGAGCCAUGGCGGAGGCCGCGGCCGAGAAAGCUUAUUACAGGUUCCUUGUGCUUUUCUUCAACUGUCUCUUGACCUUUGGCUCCUACUUCUGCUUUGAUAUUCCCAGUGUCUUGCAAGAACAGUUUCAAGGGAAUCUAACCUGCCCCAAUGGGACUCAACACAAUGGCACAGAACAUAAUGCAACAGCUGAUUGCGUGGAAGGCCUGGGAAUGACUCCUGAAGAAUACAAUCUUUUGUAUGCCAUCUAUGCCUGGACUAACGCACUGGUGGUGAUUGUGGCUGGCUUCCUGAUUGACAAACUGGGAAACCGCUUUGGCGUUUUCGUCUUCUCUUUCCUCACUGUCUUGGGAUCAUCUAUUUUUGCACUGGGCUCCCACUUAAAAGGCACUCCGUACCUCUUGCCACUGAUGCUAACAGGCAGAUUGCUUUUUGGUUCUGGAAAUGGAUCGCUCACAAUUGUGCAGAAUCGCAUCACUGCCUUUUGGUUCAAGGGGAAAGAGCUGGCUCUAGCAUUUGGAUUAACUCUCUCUUUCUCCCGUCUUGGGAGUGUCCUCAACUUCUUUUUCACCCAGCAGUUUGAAAGCCAUUUUGGAAUCCAGUGGACCCUUUGGGGAGGGGCUUUGUUAUGUGUGCUGGGCUUUAUUUCAGCAAUCACUGUCAGCGUGCUGGACAAAGUGGGUACGAAGCAGCUUGGCUUGGAUGGAGUUAUCCAACAAGAGUCCAAGAAAGUGAGAGUUCAAGAUAUUCGAUACUUACCUCUUCGCUACUGGCUUUUGGUCCUUACUAUUAUGUUCUUCUACAAUGGAGUCUUUCCUUUUGUGGCUGAUGCAAGUAAGUUUAUCCAAGAUAAGUAUCCUGGCUACAGUCAACAGGCAGCUGCUUAUAUAGCUGGAGCGGUUUACGACAGCUCUCUUGUCCUCUCUGCGGCUGUGGGCAUAUUGAUUGACUAUGUUGGGCUGAGAGGCGUGUUUGCCGUUGGCUGUGCAGUGCUAACAUUGCCUGUAUUUGCUCUCUUGGCCUUCACAUUCGUUCCCCCACUUGUCUCCACAGUCUGGCUAGGAAUCACCUACUCCUUUGCAGCCGCGAGCAUGUGGCCUUCAAUUCCACUUGUGGUUCCCCAAGCAACUUUGGGGACAGCUAUGGGGCUCGCGACAUCCGUGCAAAUGAUUGGCAUUGGCCUCUCUAAUGUGAUUGUGGGACGGAUCUUGGGAACCAAGUCCAGUGAACUAAAGAUCCCCUUAUGGCGCUGGCAACAGAUGAUGAUCUUCAUGCUGGCAAACACCAUCGCUUGCAUUGGGACAUCUGUCUGCCUUAACCUAGUAGAUAAGAAGCAGGGUGGCACACUGAACCGCUCAACCAAACGCUCACCAACCGAGGCGGUGGGCCAACAGCCUGUUGACACAGCUCCCCUCCUCAACGAGGUGGAAGAAGAACCAUCUAUCAACUAAGAAGAGGCCUUCAGGACAUGGAAUAUAACACAGAAGUGCCAGUGGAUCUCAUUCUUCAACAGUGUAUCCCCUUUUUCUCCUUUCUUCCAGGGUUUAAUAAGGGAAUUUAUUAAAGAACAGGGCAUAAAUCCAGCCUAUAGGAAUAGCUCCUUUUUAAGCAGCUGUUAGGUGCUACAUAACUGGCUUUAUCUUAGAAACAGAGAAUCUUAACACUAUAGUUAAUUCUACAGCUGCCAUGAGCGCCAAGAUUUUUAAUGCCAACUUUUGAGAUAUUUAGCCAUUAAGAUUUAUUUUUCAGAGCAGGAAAUUUUCUGCUGAAGAGGUUGAAGUAAUUUUUCUGUGAAUCUUAUUGGAAGAAAGGCAAGAAUGCAAAUUCAGUAGCUACUCUGUGCAAGCAGUUUUAUGUACAAAUCUUGCACUCAUUAUUUUAAAAUCCUCUUGCAAUGUUAAAGGCUGAAUAACGGAUUUUAUGUUCAGGGUCCUUGUGGCAUCUACCACACCAGUAUUAUCAAUAUCCAUGUCAAUUUACAGAGAAAAUCCUUUAUAAUCUUCCUUUUCCAAAGCCAUGAGGUAUGUAAUAGUCAUAACUAAGUUUAAGUCAAAGUUUGCCUUCCUGACAUGUCUGUUUGAAUUCUCUUAGCUUUUUUUUGAAAUAUAUUCUAACAGUGUUGAAAUUCUUAAUAUAUUCAGAAACUGAGGCAUUAUAGUACAGAACCAGAUUUUUCAGUCAGUUUCCACUUAAUCCUGACCUCUCCUUCUGCAGAAGGGUCGUGUAGCUCCAUCUUCACCAUUUUGGGACACACAGACUAACGCGAACGAUUAUUGAUCUGAUUGUGAAUCGAAUAUUCUGUACUUCUUCCGCAUAAUAUAAUUACUAGUAAUUGUGACUAUAUAGGUUGGUAAUUUCUUAAGAGGGCUGUUUAACUCUGCUCCAGAAGUAUAAACGUUUCUAAACUUAAUACACUUUAAGAUAAUCUAGCAAGGCUACUGUUAGCUAUAUUCACAUUACUCAGUCUGAACAGAGCUAGCCAGACAGCCCAGUGGCAUUUAAUGCUUUGAGCCAGCAGUAAUAUGAUUGAGUUAUGAGUUUGCUUUUGGCUCUGCUGUCCCUCAAGUGGUUAGCUGGCCUUAAAUUUAAGAUGUUGCACUACAAUUAUAAAAUAACACCAGCCCAUGCUGGUAACUGUUCCAGCAUUAUGUAGCCAAUUACUGAUGGGAUCACCAUUUGAUAGGAAAACUCUGCUUCUGAUUUGGGGAAGGGAGGAGGUACCACCAAACACUUCAGAAUUUGGAAGAAAUUAGGAUGUAGACUACAUUGAAGGUAGGCCUCCCUGAACAUAGAUGGGCUUAUCUCUGUAAAAAUGCACAUCAGCAUUUCCAAUCCUCUCCUUUCUAUCACCUUAUUAUCAAAUUACAAGCCCACUUGGUUUUAAGCCACAAUGCCAACCUUGGCUUGUUGUUUUCCUACCUCAGCUUGUAGAACAACAACAACAAAAAAACCCAGUGACCUAUAACUCUGCUAAAGGCAGGCCACUUGGGAUCCUAAGAUUUAGAAUGCCGCUACAGGGUGUGUAGCCAUUCACAAGAGGCCUCUUUGCAAAAUUAAAGUCAGUGAUUGUUCCAAGCAUUCCCUCUAGCCCCCCAGGAUGUUCUGUGUGCUCCAAGGCUACUUUUGCCAUUACUUCUAAACAAAGCAUUGGGUUGCAGCCAUCUACCAUUCCUCAGAAUGCUUGUGUAGCCCAGCUUGAAUGAAAAUAAGACUGCCAGCUUAAUUUUUUCUUUAAUUGAAGUAACUAUCAAAUGAUAUAAAGAGCAAUGGACACAUGUUGAUUUGUCUAAUAGCAACAUUGUUCACAUUUAGAUCCUGGACAGGAAAAAGAAAGAGAUACUGGUAAUGUUACAAAGGGAUUAUAUUAAAAAAAAAAGUGGAUACAUCAGACAACCUUGACUAAUGUGAGAACCAAUGGUACAGCAAUGGAUUCAAUCAAGUUAAUACUAUUUCCCUGAUCAUUGUUACAAAGAAAGUCUUAAAGGCAUUUCAGUAGAACAAAAACAUUGUGUAUUUAUGGCAGGAAGAACUGGGGAAAUCCUUUUCAUUCCCCUGUAUAGAUUGUCAAUUUAACAAAAAGAACUAUUUGCAUCAUAACCUGUUCAAAGCUUUGGGAGUCAGUGGAUUACCUAUGGAAACUGAGCAGUCAAUUGAGUGUCAAGGUUGCACAGCUAAUGGUCAUGCCACUCCACAAUGGCUAUUAGCACAAAUAAAAGGAAUUUUAUAAACCUUGCUGCUUUUUUUUUUCACCCCCAACAAUAGCUUCUCUGACUCAGAAUUCAUGCAGUGCACUGUUAGUUUGGUUACAAGUAAGUUCUCAGGAUUACCAGCAACUUCACAAGAAAUGACUGGUUUUUAUGAAAUGUAUCUUGGGCUUAGACUACCUUAGUUUCUACAUGUAAGACUCAUGAGGUUAUAAAGGGAUAAAAGUCAGGACUUGAAGAAUCCAUCAGCUUUACUGUAAUGGACUAACAAAAUACAGCUGUUUAUUAAGCAGCACAUGAUUCAACACAUUUGAGUUGUCAUCAUUAACUCCUGGUGUAGUUUUUUUUUUUUUUUGCUUAAAAAGAAAAAUACCCUUUCUAGAUACACAGCGUAAUCCCCAGCAACCUCUUGAGAGAAAUGGUAGGCACAAAGUUAAAUCAAUAAUAACUUAAGGCUUAGCUGGAAAGACUGCUCUCUAAAAGAGAGGCACUGGUGAAAACACCCCUUUGAAAUUCUGCAACCCCAAGUAAUCCAUGUGUAGCAAUGACCAAUGCAAAUAGCAUCCAAAGCUGGCAUUGGUCAGUUGUUCCCAUAUUGCUCCUUUUAGCACACCAUUACAAAGCUGAAUAGUGUCUGCACUCCACUGUUUUUUUUCCAUCUCCCUAGUACUGAGGGAAUGCUAUUUAUUAUAACCAAGUGUAUGAAAGAAGCUGGCAAUAAAUAUUAACCGAAGUUGUAUUUUAAGCAUGGUGUGACCAUUUACUUCAGAGUUUACAAGAAUGCUAAACUACUUCAGCUUCUGGUAUAGAGCUCCUCAGAAAUACUUUGCAGCCAACUUGUGAUAUUGCUGAGGGAUCAAGCUAUUCUACAAAGGCCACUGGUUCUCUGGGGUGCCUAAUGAACUUCAACAGAAGAUGGGAGUUGAAAAGGCAAGCCUCUAUGGUCUGAUCAUUUGACACUGAGAAAUCCAGAAUCCUACCACAUAGUCUAGAAGGAAUUCAUCCAGAACAAUAUAAAGACCCUUCCCUUUUGUCUCUUCCCCACCUCACACUGCAGUUAUGGGAAACAGUGCAAGAUGACAGCCACCAGAGUAUGUUGCAAACAUCUUUGAUGAGGAGAGACUAGCAGGGGUCUUGAGUCAGCUCCCAACAGUCUACAGUCAAGUCAGCUAGUGCAUACCUCCAGCUUGUGCCUGGAGAUGUUAGCUAACCAUAUGUAGCAGAACUGUAACACUACAUUUUCCCUUGAUUCUAUACAGUAUAACCAUCAUAGCCAAGUUUCUAAUUCUGCCAAAGGCAAUUUCUCAAUAGGAACAAGUACGGAAGCAGCCAUUCUGCUCCUUCAGUCCUCCCUUCCUUGGCAGUCGUCUCACAAAUUUGUAUCCAUCUUUUGCUUCUGUCCUCUCCAGCAAAAGAUUGCAUGUAAUACACACCUCAGGCAAACUUUCAGGAUAAACCACUGGCUGCCAUUUUGCCCAUGUUCCUUUGGGAUUUGUUACCCUGAGCUGCAUCUGCAUAGCAAAAAAGCAGACAUGAUGUCAGUAGGACACUGGUGGAAAAUAUGCCAGCCAAACAGGUUAGUAUGUUUCUGUGGUCAAAUAAGGAAGGAGAAACAAGGGAGAUAGUAUUUGGGUUUUUUUUCUAAUUUUGCUUUCCCAUGGUACUGUUUUUAUAGGGAUUGAACAACAAAUGUUGGAAUGUAUUUUGAGAAUGAUCUUUUCCAUAGCCUCUUGUAAAGUAACAUCCAUUCUAGGGUGACUUGCUUGUGAAUGUCCUUUGGAUUACAGAACAAGGCUAUCUGAGCGUACAGUACUGAUCUGGGUUGCUUUAUGAUUGGUCAACUCAUAUUUGUUCCAAUGUGAAACAGAUAACUGAAAAAUUAUAAAAAUAUGCAGUUUUAUCAUAAUACUUAAAAAUAUGUUCACAGGGAAGAGACUACGCUACUGUAGGAAAUAUUAGGGCAGGACAGCUCUGACUUGGAAGGUAAGUUCAUUACUUGUGAAUCAAACUGAACAAAUGACAUUCCAGUUAUGCAGACAUCAUACUCUCAACUGAAAGUGCUCUUGAUUGUUUCCUGUUAAGGUUUAAAAAUGGAGUAAGUGUGUGUAUGUGUGAAAACUAGGCUUUACCCUUUCUCAAUGGUAUUAAGCUGUUGGAAAUGUGCCUCAAGGAGUAGGUCAUCCUAAGAAUUAGGUUAUGAAUUCACAGGAAGGCGAUAAUCACAGUUUAAGGGUUAUAACAAUGUAAGGGCAUUUAAAUACUAUCUUGCAAGUUAAAAGGCACAGAGAUGUUAAUGUUCAGUUGGCACACCUGGAAGUUCUCCCUGGCUUCCAGUAACUACAGAUUAAGUGACCUCUUACAUAAACUGUUUUUUU